AUGAGUGGUGAAACAAUCGUAAAGGAGUCAUCAAAGAUGAACACAGAGGAAGAAUCAUUUAUUAAGAAGACUUUAGAUGAAGAUGACCAAUUUGAAGAUUUUCCAGUGGAUACAUGGCCGGACAGUGAGACAGUUAAAGCUGCUGGUUUAACCGAAAACUUAUGGGAAGAGAACUGGGAUGACGUUGACGUAGAUGAUAACUUUACAGCCAAUUUAAAAGAAGAAUUAGAAAAGCAUAAGCAGCAGCAGCAGCAACAACAACAACAACAGUGA